UCCAAUCGUGCAUGCCACGAUAUAAUUCCCUCUUCAUAUAUACCAACACUCUCCACUACUCUCAACAACCCAUUUUCCAUUUACAUGCUUCCCACGAUUCUUCGCCGACGAUAUGGCGGAGCCGAGAAAAUCUCCGGCGCCGUCGCCGCCGCGGCCAGCGAUUUCGCUCCAACCUUCACCAAAGCGAUCAGGUCUCUCAAAGCCUACGAACAAACUCCUCCGGCAAGUCCGCUCCGUGUUCCGCACGCUUCCGAUUCUGUCUCCGGCGUGCCGAUUUCCUUUAAGCAUGAAUCGGCUCCACGACGGCCACGGCCACGGCCACGGCGGAGCGCGGAUCACCGGAACGAUCUUCGGGUACCGGAAAUCGCGAGUGAAUCUGGCGUUUCAGGAAAGCCCUAGGUGUCUCCCGAUGCUGAUUCUGGAACUCGCGAUUCCGACGGGGAAAAUCCUGCAGGAUUUGGGGCUAGGGCUAGGGCUCGUCCGGCUGGCCCUGGAGUGCGAGAAGCGGCCGGCGGAUCAGAAGAGGAAGAUUCUGGAGGAGCCGAUUUGGACAUUGUACUGCAACGGAAGAAAAUCCGGCUACGGCGUCCGCAGAGAUCCGACGGAGGACGAUCUCAAAAUUAUGCAGACGCUCUCCGCUGUGUCGAUGGGCGCCGGCGUGAUUCCGGCCGACGAAGUGGCGGCCGCGGCGGCUGACGGCUAUCAAUUGACGUAUAUGAGAGCGCAUUUCGAGCGAGUGACUGGAUCCAAGGAUUCCGAGACGUUCUACAUGAUGAAUCCUGACGCCAACAAUGGCGCUGAACUCAGUAUCUUUAUGGUUAGAAUUUGAUUUUUUUUCCUUUUUUUUUAUUUCUUACCUUAAUAAUAAAUAUUAUAGUUAGGGUUUUGAUUUUAGUUCUAGGUAUCUAUAGUAGUUCGUCACUUAUAGUUAUAAUGUUUUAGUAAAAUAUUUAUGUUUUU